AUGAUGGCCAACUCGAUGGACACGGUAAACUCCAAUCAGCCCACACAAAAUGGUAGCAAGUUACAACCCUGCCACAAUGAGUCUAAGACAAACUUGAUAGUAAAUUAUUUACCACAAACAAUGACUCAAGAAGAGAUAAGGUCAUUGUUCUCCAGUGUGGGUGAAGUAGAGAGUUGCAAGCUGAUCAGAGACAAAGUGACGGUGUUUCCCGAUCACAUCCUCAAUGGCCAGAGUUUAGGCUAUGCAUUUGUGAAUUACCACAAAGCUGAAGAUGCUGAAAAAGCAGUAAACACUUUAAAUGGUCUCCGUUUGCAAAAUAAGAUCAUAAAAGUGUCUUAUGCCCGUCCCAGCUCAGAUGCUAUCAAAGGAGCAAAUUUGUAUGUAUCAGGACUCCCCAAACAUAUGACACAGCAAGAAUUAGAAAAGCUGUUCUGUCCAUAUGGUUCCAUCAUCAGCUCACGUAUUCUCCAUGAGAAUGUCAAUGUGGGCCAUCUUAUGCAAGCAGGCUUAGAAGAUCAAGGAGGCUUACAGGGACCUUCAAGAGGAGUUGCAUUCAUACGAUAUGACCAGAGGUGUGAAGCAGAAGCAGCUAUUCGUGAACUAAAUGGCACUGUUCCACCUGGAGGAACUGGGCCCAUGACUGUUAAAUGUGCAAACAAUCCAAGCAAUCAAAACAAGGCACUAGCUCCAUUAGCAGCAUACCUGGCUCCUGCAUCUGCUCGUCGCUUCAUUGGCCCUGCUGGUAAGGCUUUGCUAGCUAUUAAUAAAGGUCUUCAAAGAUACUCACCCCUAGCUGACCCUCUCAUACAAGGUAAUGCCCUAGGUGGUUCUGGCUGGUGCAUUUUCGUUUACAACAUUGGUGCUGACACUGAGGAGAGCAUCCUGUGGCAGCUUUUUGGCCCCUUUGGUGCAGUACAGAGUGUUAAAAUCAUCAGAGAUCCAGCAACCAACAAAUGUAAAGGUUACGGUUUUGUUACUAUGACCAACUAUGAUGAGGCUGUUGUUGCAAUUCAAUCACUGAAUGGUUAUUCACUUAAUGGCCAAGUACUGCAGGUCAGCUUCAAAACGAACAAGAGUAAAUCCUAA